AUGGCAGGGGUAGAUAUAGUUAUUGAAGAAAAGAAAGACGACGCCAUUGACAGACAAAAAAUCUGUCCUUUCCUACUGCGAGUAUUUGUGUCCUCCGGAGGGCAACACCACAAACCCUCCGACUAUAUGAAAGGCAACACCCCGCAAAACGAGCUGCAAAUCUACACAUGGCGAGAUGCCACUCUACAUGAACUCACGCAGCUGGUCAAAGAGGUGAACCCCGAAGCUAGGAGAAAGGGUACCAAGUUCAGCUUCGCCUCUGUGUACCCCGACAUGAGGCAGCCCUUGUACAGGGUGAGAGAAAUAGGCAGCACCAUGACGGGGGUCAAGGGACCCGAUAAUGUCAAGACUUUGGGGCUGUUGAGGCUGAACAUCGGGGAUUAUUUGGAUAUCGCUAUCACGCCCCCGGAUUCUUGGAAUUCGGUCAAGCGGGGGUAUUCUAAUAAUUACAACACGAACAAUUACAACGCGAAUAAUUACAACGCGAAUAAUUACAACACGAAUAACUAUAAUAUGAAUAAUAAUUAUAAUAAUAGAUCUAGGCCAUACUGA